AUGAAAUGGCGGACACCGGUGGACCGAAAUUCUAUAAAGUGGGAGGGUCCAUCUAGGGAUGCCUUGUCAUCCUCAUCACCAAUUUUCUCCUACCCCUCCACCCUUACUAACUGUGUUGAAGCUCAUCGGGUGUGCUCUGCUGAUCUGCGGUGUGAGGCAUUGUACCGGGGCUUGGAGCUGUGUGCGGCUGACGCAGCCAUUUCUCCACUAGGGGAGCAGGCCACAGCUGAGUGCCUGGAGAGACGGGAUGUUCUGCUGGCCAAACACCCCGCUCUGUUGGCCUGCAAGUGCCCCCGUGGUUUUCGCAAGGAGGAGCAGUGUCUGCGCAUAUACUGGAGGGUUCGCCUGCUGCCAGGGGAGGAUGAGCUGGAACUCUCUCCCUACGAUGACACACUAAAGGACACUCGCAUGGCCUCCUUAGUGGCAGCCUCAUCUUUCAUGCAACUGGAUGGUGAGAACCAAUGCCUGAAGGCGGCACAGGACUGUGGUUUGUACGAGAAGUGUGGCUCCCUGCGAUCAGAGUAUGUCCUGGCCUGCACCAAGCGGGUACCUGGGUCCAACCGGUGCAACCAGCACAAGUGCCACCGGGCCCUCCGGCGAUUCCUGGAGAGGGUGCCUGAGGAGUACAGCCUGGGUGUCCUUUUCUGCCCCUGCACUAACACCCUGUGUGGUGAGAGGAGAAGGAAAACCAUUGUACCCUCCUGCUCCUACCAGGAGAUGGAGGGACUGCAACUUAACUGCCUCCAUCAGCAGAGUUUCUGUCGAAGGGAUGACCUCUGCAGGUCCAGACUUGCUGAUUUCCUUAAUAACUGCCAGCCAUCUCCUCUGACGGCCAGCGGCUGUCUGAAAGACUCAGCAGGCCUCUGUCUCCGAGCAUAUGCUGGACUCAUCGGUACCAUCAUGACACCCAACUACAUCAGUAACAGCUCCGCUGACGUGUCACUGGGGUGCAACUGUGAAGGCAGUGGUAACCAGUGGCAGGACUGUCUGCGACUGCAGCGUAUGUUCACCGAAAACACCUGCCUGCGUAAUUCUAUCAGUUGGAUGGGGAGCCCUGGCUCCAUGCCCGCAGACGUCACCCCCCCUCCUGCUCCCAGGCCCUCCCCAUUUGAUCAGGAGGACGAGCUGCUGAGCAACAACCACCUGCCUGAACACAACAACAUUGUGGUGGAGAGCGAGGAAGAAGAGGAUUUGACACAGAUAGAGGAGGAAGGUGAUGAAGGCGACCAGUUCGACGUCAUCCCGCUGUACUCAGAGAGGGCCACUGUCUCCAACCUGGGCUCCUCUGGGACUGGGGUGGCUGCAUCCCUCAACACCGGCCCUGCUAAACCCAUACUACUGCUCCUUCUGCUCCUUUCUGCCUCGUUCAACUGGGGGUAGAGCGAGGGAUAGCGCAAAUACACACACACACACACACACACACACACACACACACACACACACACACACACACACACUCACAUGUAACAGACCCUCCAACAGUCCUGGACUAAUUGAAGUAAAAUUAUAAGAAGAAAUGGACUUCACCUUUUGUCAGUAGCAUCCCCUCACUUCUUCACUCCUGCCCUCGUUCCGUCCUUCCCUCCUUUGACAAUAGCACUUUGGUCGACAUGGUCUGACUGCAGCUGCUGUGGUGUAUUCAUGUCCUGAGAGCAUAGGAGACCUUGCCGUUGCAGGACCUUCACAAGCUGCCAUCAACCGAUGAGCAUCAUGCUGCUGUUCCACACGUAGGUCCAGAAAUAUUGAUUCAACUCGAAAAGGCCUGCUCAGUUAUUGGCAAGUUAACACUGGCAAUGUUAGCUAAGGUGUGUCAUUGUGUUGAUUGGCUACAUUCUUGCUCUGUCAUACAGACAACAACUCCAAACAGAUGUCCCAAAAGCUGAUGAUUUGAAUGUCCUGUAAUUUAUAGAUGUGAUUUGCCAAGAUGUUUGGGGGAAAGUGGAAGUUAGGUAAAUAUAUGUCACAUCAAACUUUACAGUUUCUAGACAUUACAAUAGACUAGCAGAAGUAGCCUAAAGUGUGAUUAUUACUCCUUUCUCAUAAUAUAUUAUCCAUGAUGCAGAUUCAAAUGGUAAUAGCUGAAUACCCAGAAAAAAAAGAAACAAUAGAUCCAGUAUGUUUGUUUUAAUGGGGAAUCUACAAAAGGGAACAUCUUAAACUCAUACACUUAAAUGUAUUGAAUCUAUAAUUUGCCUGUCCACUACUACACACUACUAUGAUGCUGCAGACUUUUAUUGAAAAUUCUGUUUUUAUCUUUUUAUCUAUUAAAUUGCUACUUUUUAUGUUA